AGUUUUUAAAAGAGAAGUACUAGGACUUCAUUGGUUCAAUACAAUCAAAAGCCCAAGGCCGAAACCCCUCUCUCAGCAGGAGUCCUACAGAAAACGACCGCCAAAAACAAACCUUUUGUUCUCUGUCUUAGAAUCACUUCACUGUUUUCUAUUCCCAGAUUUACCCAGAUUAUAGUUGAAGAAAACAAAGAAGCUAAGAUUAUGAGAGUCAAAAACAAAGGCAUGGACAGAGUGUGAUGUAAAGAGAGAAAGUGAACUAUAAAGGGAGAAUCUUUGGUGUGUUAUGGCAUGCCAGAGUUACAAGGAGCACUGCAUUGAAGGAGUUAGUUCAAUUUUCCGUUUUGGUAUUGUUUUGUCUUCCCCUUCCCCUUGUAAGGAUCGUUUGCAAAAGUUGGAUCCUUUGAUUAUUCCUUGAAGAAGAAAAAAGCCAAUGAAAAGUUUUGGGGCUCAUCUAUUCUUCUUGGUCUUUCUUGCUCCAAUUGCAUCUGUGACUGUGGAAGCAUUCACUGGAACAUAUGGCAUUAAUUAUGGAAGAAUUGCAAAUAACAUCCCUUCACCUGAUGAAGUUGCCACACUUCUUAGGGCAGCAAAAAUAAAGAAUGUUCGAAUUUAUGAUGCUGAUCACAGUGUCCUCAAAGCAUUUAGUGGAACAGGUUUGGAAAUUGUGGUUGGACUUCCAAAUGAAAAUCUGAGAGACAUUAGUGCCAAUGCAGAUCAUGCAAUGAAUUGGGUCAAGGACAAUGUGCUGGCAUAUCUUCCUGAUACACAUAUUCGUGGGAUCGCUAUUGGGAAUGAAGUCUUAGGAGGGAGUGAUGAAUUUUCUGGGUUUCUUCUGGGUGCUGUUAAGAAUGUUUACAAUGCAGUAAAUAAGCUUAAGUUGAGUGAUGUUGUUCAGAUUACCACGGCGCAUUCACAGGCUGUUUUUGCUGAUUCCUUCCCUCCCUCAUCAUGUGUAUUCCGGGAUAAUGUUGUUCAGUACAUGAACCCACUCUUAGAGUUUUUCUCACAAAUUGGCUCCCCUUUCUGUUUAAAUGCUUACCCUUUUCUCGCCUACAUGUAUAAUCCAGAGCAUAUUGAUAUUAAUUAUGCUCUCUUCCAACCAACUCAGGGAGCAGAUGAUCCGAAAACUAAGUUGCAUUAUGAUAACCUGCUUGAUGCUCAGAUUGAUGCAGCCUAUGCUGCAUUAGAAGAUGCUGGGUUUAAAAAGAUGGAAGUUAUCAUCACAGAGACAGGAUGGGCUUCACAUGGAGAUGAGAAUGAAUCUGCGGCAACAGCAAGUAAUGCAAGGACAUACAAUUACAAUUUGCGAAAAAGGCUUGCAAAGAAGAAAGGAACUCCGCUCAGGCCAAAAAAUGUGGUUAAGGCAUAUGUUUUUGCGAUCUUUAAUGAAAAUUUGAAGCCUGGGCCGACCUCUGAGAGGAAUUUUGGACUGUUUAAACCUGAUGGGAGCAUCUCGUAUGAUAUCGGGUUUCAUGGACUUAAAUCUUCAUCUGCAGAUUCAUCACUUUCAUCUUUGAAGGAUAUUCGAGCUGCCGGUUGGUAUGGAUUUUAUCCCAUAGUAUUAACAAUCUCGACUGCAAUACUGCUUGUGUUCUCAAGAUAGUGAUUAAACAUGUAUUGGGGUUCAUUCUGUUUUGCAUUUGAUGCCAAGCCAGAACCCAGAAAUUCUAUAGUUAUAACUUUAUUACUUAUUUUCAUGAUAUACUUCAGAGAGCAAACAACUACACCUGAUUUUUGUACCUUUAGAAACAUUUGUUGGAAAUUGCUAAUUAGUUCUUUCCAAAGCUCAAAAAAUGUAUAUUUCUUGCCCCUGAAUAAAUUUCUCUUAUAAUUUUAGUUACUAUA